AUGCCCAUCGACGGCAAACCGGUGUGCGUGAGUGAUCAUCCCCCCGAGGAUCGUGACGGUAUGCCCGGUUGGGUUCAUUUCAUCCACAGUCAUUUGGGAGUGAAAGUACCGGUGAAGGGUUGCAUUGAUGCGACCGAUCGCAUGCCACCAAUGAGGAAACACCAAGUCUCAAUUACAUGGUUGACGAAGUAUUUUAGAGACCAUUACGAGAGUCAUCCCCUAACCAAGGAAAGUCCGGAGGAUGAGAAUGAGAGAUAUACUCGUGUCUAUCUCAUAGGCAUGAUCGGAGGAGUGUUCUUCUCCAAGAAAUCAAGCAAUCUCCUUAGUUGUGGAUGGCUUAGGAUCAUCUUCAGUAGUUGGGAGGAGAUGAGGGAGUAUAGUUGGGCAUCCGCUUGCCUAGCUAUGAUCUACCACAACUUGUGCAAUGCGUCUCUCAAAGCAGUGAGGAAGGUCGGCGGCGCAAUGUUCAUCGUCCAAUUUUGAGCUUGGGAGCAUAUGCCAUGGCUUGCACCGGUCCAAUGUCUCGACAGAGAUUGGCCAAUCGAUCAUCCCCUAAGAGGUGAAGCUUAUGGUACAAGGUGGCUCGGACACACAACAUGCAACAACCUUGCCCAACACAAGUUGGACGAGUAUCUGAGGAGGUUUGAGCGACUUUGGGAAGGAGAGGUAACUUCUAUAC